AUGAUGAUGAGCAAAGGUAUCGGAAUGUUCGAUCUGGAGAAGCACUACUCCUUCUACGGUGCUUACCACACCAAUCCCAUGAACGUCCUUGUCCACACUCUUCUCGUGUGGCCUAACGUCUUCGCUGCCCUCCUUUUCCUCUACGCUGCGCCACCGAUCCUAGACCCCUCUAAGCUAGGGCUCUUUGGUGGUGUCUUGCGCUUGGACGUUGGGCUCAUUCACGCUCUGAUCCAUGCAAUCUUGUACGUCCGCAUGGAUAAGAAAUCUGGAGCUUUGGCUGCUCUGUUAUGUUUCUCUUGCUGGGUCGGCUCCAGCUUUCUCGCUGCUCAAAUAGGAGUUUCCUUGGCCAUGAAGGUUGGAGUAGCUGCUCAGGUCGUAUGUUGGGCCGGUCAGUUCCUCGCUCACGGCCUAUUUGAGAAACGAUCUCCUGGAAUGGAAGACAACACAGUACACGCUUAUCUCAUGGGUCCUUUCUACUUAUUGCUCCAGGUUCUGCAAUUUGUUGGCUACGAGCCAUACCCUGGAUUUAACAAGCGUGUUGACUCCCAGAUAGAGGUUGAGAUCAAGAAAUGCACUGAAAAGCAACAGCUGAAGAAGGUCAAGUAA